AUGAACUACCAACAGCACUUGGCCACCUCGGCUGCCAUCCGCGGGGAGAUUCAGCGCUUCGAGUCGGUGCAUCCCAACAUCUACUCCAUCUACGAGCUGCUGGAGCGUGUGGAGGAGCCCGCCCUGCAGAACCAGAUCCGAGAGCAUGUCAUCGCCAUAGAAGUGUCAGGAAGAGUCCUCGCGUGUCUGCGCCUUCUGCUGGCCAGCUGCUGUCACUACCCUGAGAACGGAGUAGCUGCAGUUCCUUGCGUGUCCAGCAGAGGGAGAGCAGAGCCGCGGUGUGAAUGUGGGUCAGAGCCUCAGACGCGCUCAGCCUUUAGACCUGAUUCUGCAGAAAUUGUGAGUGAGAUUCUCCUGAAAUGGGAGUGA